UAAAAGGAGCAACCAAAAAAGCCUGCAGAUACAGCAUAAGGGAUAUUAUGCUAGGGCUUAUACCAGCCAUUAGUUCUGAAUACUGGGGAGCUUUUGAGGUGCAAAAUGGCCGUGAUGAUUGGAAUCGCUUUCAGAGUUUCUUGGCUUUGUUGCCUGCUAAUUGGCGGGAUAACCUGUUCUACAUCAAGCUGGCAUUUUACUUUUUCUUUAUCUAACCUAGGUGAUGGGUAUCCUGCACCAGGUUCUGAUGCAGCAUGGCUCUAUACAGGCCCACUUAGGUCUAAAGGAUAUGGUAAUUACAACUCUCCAACAGCUCAAUUGCAAGCGCAGCUGACCGAAGAGCAACAGAAACAUCUGGCAGCCAUUCUGCAAAAGCAACUGGCCCCCAUGCCCCAGGCACCUCAGAAAAUGUGGUAUCCAACUCAAAUGCCCCAGAAGCAACCAGUUACUGAACUUCAGCAUCAGAAGGAACACGCCUCCAUACCCCAGCUACCUCAGCAAGUGUGGUAUCCAGUUCAAAUUCCUCAGCAGCAAAAGCAACCUGCUACUGGUCCUCAGCAGCAGACGGAACUGACCACCAUGCCCCAGAAGCAACCGGCUCCAAUGCCUAUACCGCAGAAACAACCAACAGCUAUGGGUCAGAAAGCAUGGUAUCCAGCUCAAAUGCAGCAGAAGCAACCGGCCACCGUGCACCAGCAACUGUGGCAUCCAGCUCAAUUGCCCCAGCAGCAAAAGCAACCGGCUACUGAACCUCGGCAGCAGAAGGAACCGGCCUCCAUAACCCAGCAACCUCAGCAAGUGUUGCAUCCAGCUCAAAUGCUGCUGAAGCAACUGACUGCCAUGCCCCAGCAAGUGUGGUAUCCAGCUAAGACCCAGAAGCAACUGGCCGCUGAUCCUCAGGAGCAGAUAUAACUGACCGCCAUGCCCCAGCAACCUCAGCAAGUGUGGUAUCCAGCUCAAAUGCCCCAGAAGCAACCAACCGCUGAACCUCAGUGGCAUCCAGCCAAAUUUCCCCAGGAGCAACCCGUCCAAAUGCGUCAACUGCAGAAGGAACUGACCGCCAUUCCACCACAACUGUGGCAAUCCGCUCAAAUUCCCCAGCAGCAUAAGCAACCGGCUGCCAAGCUUCAGCAAUUGUGGCAACUGGCCCCCAUUCCCCAGCAGCCUCAUGACGUGUGGUAUCCAGCUAAAAUGGUCCAGAAGCAACAAGCAGCUGCAACUCAGCAGCAGAAGGAACUGACCACCAUGCCCCAAGAGUGGCAUCCAGCUCAAUUUCCCCAGAAGCAACCAGCCCUCAUGCUUUUACCGCAGAAGGAACUGACCGCCAUACACCAGCAACCUCAGCAAGUGUGGUAUCCAGCUAAAAUGCCCCAGAACCAACCAACCACUGAACCCCAGCAGCAGAAGCAACCGACCGCCUUGGCCCAGCAAAUGGUGUCUCCAGCUCAAAAGCCCCAGCUGCAGAAGCAACCGGCUGCUGAACCUCAGCAGCAGAAGGAACCGGCCACCAUGCCCCAACAAGCAUGGUAUCCAGCUCAAAAGCCCCAGCUGCAGAAGCAACCGGCUGCUGAACCUCAGCAGCAGAAAGAACCGGCCACCAUGCCCCAGCAAGCAUGGUAUCCAGCUCAAAAGCCCCAGCUGCAGAAGCAACCGGCUGCUGAACCUCAGCAGCAGAAAGAACCGGCCACCAUGCCCCAGCAAGCAUGGUAUCCAGCUCAAAAGCCCCAGCUGCAGAAGCAACCGGCCGCUGAACCUCAGCAGCAAAUUGAACCGACCGCCAUGCCCCAGCUACCUCAGCAAGUGUGGCAUCCAAUGCACAUUCCCCAGCAGCAACAGGAACUGGCCACCAUACCCCAGCAAGUGAGGUAUCCAGCUCAAAUGCCCCAGAAGCAUCUGGCCUCCAUGCCUCUACCGCAGAAGCAACCAACCGCCAUGCCCCAGCAAGAGUGGCAUCCAGCUCAAAUGCCCCAGCAGCAGAAACAACUGGCCCCAAUGCCUCAACCACAGAAGCAACAGGCCACCAUGCCCCCGCAAGUAUGGCAUCCAGCUCAAAUGCCUCAGCAGCAAAAGCAACCAGCUACUGAACCUCAGCAGCAAAUUGAACCGACCGCCAUGCCCCAGCCACCUCAGCAAUUGUGGCAUCCAGAUCAAUUUCUCCAGGAGCAGAAGCAACCAUUCACUAUGCAUCUACCGCAGAACGAACUGACCGCCAAUCCACCACAACUGUGGCAAUCCGCUCAAGUGCCCCAGCAGCAUAAGCAACCGGCUGCCAUGCUUCAGCAAGUGUGGCAUCGGGCACAGAAGCAACCGGCCCCUAUGCCCCAGCAGCCUCACGACGUGUGGUAUCCAGCUAAAAUGGUCCAGAAGCAAGUCGCUGCGGUGACCGCCAUGCCGCAUACGCAUCAGCAAGUAUGGCAUCCAGCUGAAUUUCCCCAGCAGCAGAAGCAACCGGCCUCAACGCCUCUACCGCAGGAGCAACCGACCGCCGUACCCCAGCAAGUGUGGUAUCCAGCUCAAAUGUCCCAGCAGCGGAAGCAACACACUGCCAUGCCACAGCACCAACUGACCCCCAUGCCUCAGCAAUUAUGGCAUGUAGCUCAAAUGCCCCAGAAGCAACUGGCCCCAAUGUCUCAGCAGAAUCACUACGAAAGCACUGAUGAUGGUGCCUCUAGUAGCACUCAGGCCAGCAUCGUUGAACAGUCGGGUGUCAUCCCAAUCUAUUCCUACAGUUCCAAAUCGCACUACGGGAAUGGCAGGACUGUAUUCUCCCUAACCCGCUACACUCCUAGGGACGCUAUGCCUGUUGACAGUGGAAAUGCUCCCAAGGACAGUUUUGUUCGUACUGGUGCACCAAGCGUAUAUCCAUCACUAGUGAAGGAUUCUGCAAGGAAAAUGUAAUGGAUUCAUCCUCUAGAAGCUAAUGGAAGUAUCUGGUGCUCUUGCUACUCUAGCGUGAGGGAGUACAUGAACAGUGCUACUUUCAAAAAUGUCUCUGUGAAAUAAUGGUUCUCAUGUCCAUUGCUUGCUAAUUGAGAACAGGUGGUGUGCAGUCUGUAGUAAAAAUGACUGCCCAGUUAAUUCUUUGGUUUUCUAGUCUUUUACCUUUGCUACUGGUUGUUCAAAAUAAAAGCUUGGGUCUACAUUUGUCAAGGG